AUGAAACCAACGACAUCAUCAUCUCCUGCUCCCAAGAAACAAUCUCAAUUCAUCUUCACAGAGCCUAUAUCAAAGCCCCUUCCGAAAAGACAGCAAGUCUCUAGGGCAUGUGAUUGGUGUCGCAGUCUCCGCAUCAAAUGCGACAGCCGCUAUCCAUGCAAGAACUGUCAGGCUAAAGGGCGGACCUGUAAUAUCAGAGGCGCGAAUGCGGCGCAGAAUUGUAACGAGGCUAUUAGUCGCAUUGCGGUCCUGCAGGAUCGGAUCAGAGAUCUUGAGAAGCAGGUUGAGAUAGCAAAGUCCAACAUUCAGGAUGAUGGCGAUAUUGCUGUUGAUGACGAUCCCAGCCGCGAAAGUCAUGAGGCGAAAGUCAAGACUGAGCCGAUGCCAUCUGUGUCUCCGCAUUUGAAUCAGAUGUCAUUAUAUAGCGGACGGCGCGGAAAACACUUAGAGUCCAUUCAUGUACAAACUGCUCAUCCUGAGCAGCGACAUUGUUACGGCCGCUCAUCUUCAUUCUAUUUCAUUGGCCGCCUGAGCUCUUAUCUUGGCAUAUCUCCUAAUCAGCUUACACCCGACGGACUGAUGCAAAUGUACCCAGAAGCACAGUCGUUAAAGAACUCCCUAAAUUCAGAUGUGUCGCUGACAGAAGUAUAUUUGUCAAAAGCCCAGGAAGAAUAUUUCCUACACUUAUUCUUCCCGUCUUACAAUGUCUAUUAUCCGGUUAUAGAUCAUGCCGGAUUCAUGCAACACUACCAGUCAUUGUGGACGUCACCAACGUUGAGAGAGUCAUCUCCGCUUGUCGAUAUUGUACUUGCUUUGUCAAUGCAGUACGCUGACGCACUCAUGCCCCGUGACUAUGCAGCGAUGCGAAAUAGUAUAGAGGGAAUCGUCAAUAUCGACGCGGCCAUCACAGGCCGGAAGUUCUAUCGGCGCUGUCAACUCUUACUAACGGACGAGCUCGAAGGACCGUCCAUCACGACACUACAAUGCCAUUUCUUCUCUGUGAUAUAUCUCUCAAAUGCCUCUUUCCACAACGCCGCUCAUGGUCAUUUGGCAAUGGCUGUCCGGACCGGUAUAAUACUAGGUCUUCAUUGGAACCCGCCGGAAAGCGUAUCGGAUCAACAAGCCGAGUUUCGCAAGAGAUUAUGGUGGACGGUGUACGCGUUAGAACUCAAGAUGACGCUAGAUCUUGGUCGGCCGCUGGCGGUGACCAUGUCGCAGAUCCCCUGUCCCCCUCCUGAUCGUCAUCAAGAAGACCCGUAUACGCAUCAGGGCACAAACCGGUUUACGGCAAACAAACAUUUUAUUCAGCUCAUGCUCGCUGGCCGAACGGUCUAUGCCACAUUUCAGAGAAAAUGCUCCGAAGCCCUUGGCCAAGACAGCAGCAGUAAUAGCAUCUACGACAACCCUGCAGCACUAGAAAUGGUAGCAGAGGCAGUCACAUCAGCAGCCGCACUGAAUUUUCAUACAUGGCGACAAGACCUGCCAGAACCAUUAAAAACGAAGCGACUCAACAGCGGCCAACCACUAUCAACAGAUCGAUCAGCGCUCAAUCUUAAGGAGAGUAUACCACUAGGCAUGAGCCGGCAACGACUGUUCCUCGAAUUGCUAUUCCACACUCUCUCCAUGAACGUAUAUCGCGCUUUUAUCUGCUUCGGUUCUUUCCCGCAGAACAACAACAACAACACGCCGCUUGCCCAUGGGAAUGCCGUUUUGAGUGUGAAUCAUGCCAUCACGAUAACGAAUAUAGUAUACCAAGUAUUGAAAGAGUCGAACUUUCUAGCGGGAUUUCAUGAAACAUUUCAAUGGCAAUGGAACGCUACCAUCACAUUGAUAGGGUUCAUAUUCGCGUUUCCGAACGGACCACUAACGAUGCCAGCCAAGGACGCACUGAUUACCGCCAUCGAUGUCUUUGAUAUUAUCGGGAAAUAUCUCGGUAUAGCCUGUAGUGCGGCUAGUGUCGCGCGAGACCUGUUUGCGAGGAUAGAGCAUUUGAUUUCAUCGUCGAAUGCCAAAAAUAGUAUUCAGGAUUCGGUUGAGAUUAGCUCGUUUGUCGCUGCAGGUAUGCAGGAACCGUCCAAUCCGUCGUUUUUGCCGCAUUCUCUAGGUCAUGCACAUUUCGCUGGCGCGGAACAUGGUUAUGGAAACAUGGGAAACGCAUCGAAUGCAUGGGUGUAUAAUCAUCCAGCCGAAUUCGCGUCUUCAUGGGCGACGUACCCGGCAGAAGGAGAAUAUGCGGGGGAGGGUUUCGGCUUUACUGACUGA